AUGGCAGAGCAGGCAAACUCCUUGCUGACGGUGCUGCCCCCCGGUCCCAAGGUGGAGGCUGGAGCAGAUGAUCUGCUCUUCGACGUCGGCCUGCACGACGCAAGCGAUCCUGCUACGGCCUCCACCGCUGCGACAGCUUCAAGACACAGCCGCCAGGCGCCUCCUGCCAUAGAAGUCGGCGAUGUGGGAGACAUCGGUGUCCUCGAGGGUUCGGAGUCUGGUGAGAGCGUCGCCUCUGCCGACUUGCUACAGCUCAUCCAGCAGGCCAGUGAGGUGGAGAUCAGCUCGGACUCCGCUGGGUCUCACAACGAGGCGCCCACCCAGCCCGCCCCGGAGCCGGAGUCAGCGGACUCACUGGCCAUGCCCUCGGGCCAGGCUGUGGCAGAAGUGGAGGUUGCCUGUGCAGCACGACAGGAAGGAGUCGUGCACGAUGCUCGUCCCAGCGAGGAAGCCGCUCCAAGAUCGCUUGGUCACGCUGAGGAGGACGAUGGCAUCGAGCUGUCGGUGGAGGGCAUGCCUAGCCAAGCCAGUGCCCGCGCAGCCGAGGUGACCUUUGCCGUGGGCGGAUUCGCAGCCAUGGCGGGGCCGCUAGAGCCUGCAGCAGAACCGAUGACCCGCCACCAGGAUGAUACGGCGAGGUCGAAUGCCGUCGAUGAAAUGUUCGCGGACAUCCUCGGUCCCAUCGAUGAGGCACCGGCGCCGGCCUCGACGCGCGCAGCAGCACCGACUGCCACAGCGACAAGCAGUCGAAGAAUUGUGGUUGCCGAGCCGGCAGGGCCGCUUAGCCGUGGAAAGGACAGCUCUGACAAGCCGGAUGCUGCCGGAGCCAUGCCGUCGACGGCGCGGAGUCUCACAGUGCCCGCGGCUUCGACGACAGGGGCCUCCAAGCUGAGCUCUUCGAAGGCUUCCAAUCAAGCCGCGCUGGCACAUCUCAUGCAAGAGAGCACGGAGAAUGUCGAGAGGAGGGAGCCGGUGCCACAGAACACCUCCCCGGCAAACAGCUCCGUUCGCAACGAGGCAGACGAGGACGCCACCUUGGAUAAGGAGUGGGACGAGAUUGCCCGCCGGACUGAUGAGCUCAUUGCGACUGCUCGCGAGUCCAAGGGCGUCGUCGCCGUGUCGCAGGACGUCCUCAGCCAACCCCUCAGUUACAAGGACUUCACGCAGUGGCUGCUCCAGCUGGAGAUAGACCCAGCUGCAUUGCGGCAGAUGCGAGAGGAGAUGGUAGAGGAUGACGUUGCUGGUUGUGUGGGCUGCUUCAUCAAGCCGCGGCGAAGACCCCGGUCUGAAGUUCCGGGUCUGGACCGGCGGUUCUGCGCGGACAAAGACCUGGUCCUCUUCCUCAAAGUCACCCACUUUGACUUCAACGACUCCGUGCACCACCGAAUGCUGCGGACGAUGUACGGAAAGCUGUCCAGGAACAAGGUCUGCCCAACGGUUGGCAGGCAUUGGGAGCUGCUGGGGUUUCAGAGCGGAGAUCCCAGAACGGACCUGAAUCGCUCUGGCGGUGUUCUGAAUGUCAUGCAAAUGUUCUACUUCUUCGCGCACCAUUUUGACCUCAUGAAAGCGGCUUAUCUGCUAGCGCAAGACGCGCAGCACAACUUCCCGCUUGCCUGCGUGUCCAUAAACAUCACCAAGAUGGUCAUCGAGUGCCUUCUCGAGGGCCGGCUCUCCAAGCUCUGCAAUAACUCGCGGGGCGUCUUCGAGACAGUCUGCGUGGUCUACAGCGGUGCCUUCUUUCACUGGUACUGGCGCUGGCGAACGCAGAAGAGAAGUAUUCGUGACACGGAGCUGACUUUCAAGGAGGUUCGAGCGCUGCUGGAACGGCGCCCUGCAAAACUCAUAGACAUGCUCCAGGAGGGCAUGCUGGAGAAUAAAGCCAAGACCGACCCCUCGCGCCUGGAGUUCACCGACAUUGAUUUUGGUGGGACCACCGGCAAGGGGAAGGAGAGCCAAGGAGUUCCAGAUGGACUUCAGCGCUACCAAUACGAUGAGUGA